AUGAGGUUGGGAUUGAAACGUGUGCCCUUGGGCUUGACCAUAGUCACCACAUUAUGUAUCACCAAGGCAGUCGGUUCGGUUGAAUUAUCAGUUUCCCGAGAAGGUGGAAAUAAAUCAAGUUCAUUACUCUACGGAAUCAUGUUUGAGGAAAUGGAUCAUUCAGGUGAUGGUGGAAUCCAUGGACAGCUACUUCAAAACAAUGGAUUCCAAGGGAGCAGUCUUGGAAUGACAGCAUACGCACCUGUAGGGACGGUGGAAAUAUUUCAGGACACAGAUCAUCCUGUGAGCGAUGCCAUCACGUCUUCACUGGGUGUUUCAGUUCCAGAAAAUGCAACUGAAUAUGUUGGUUUCGCAAAUACCGGUUAUAGUGGAAUCCCGACUGUGAAUGCUACAUACAACAGUUCAUUUUGGAUGAUGGGGAACUACUCCGGGACCAUCAAUCUCCAGCUUGUUGGAUCACACAGUGGUAUUGUUUAUGCCGACCAUAACAUAACUGUUGACAGUACAGACGCAAAUUUCACCCAAAUCAAGACAACAUUCAACUCCAGUAUGUCGCCUGAUGGAGAAAAUGAGUGGCACUUGACAUUUGAUGGCUCAAAAGUUGCCGGAAGCUCAUUGAAUUUUGGAUACAUUCAACUGUUUCCACCCACAUACAAUGACAGGGAGAAUGGAUUACGCGAGGAUCUGGCAACAGUACUAGAGAAAGUGAAAUUCAAUUUCCUUAGAUUCCCGGGCGGAAACAACAUCGAGGGCCUGCAGAUUGAUACUCGUUGGAAAUGGAACACGACAAUUGGACCUUUGGUUGACCGACCCGGAAGAGAUAGCGAUUGGUUCUAUCCCAAUACCGAUGCCCUGGGUCUCGAUGAAUAUCUAUGGUGGUGUGAAGACAUGAAAAUGACGCCAUUACUGGCGGUCUGGUCCGGCAAGUCCUACGGAGGAAUAGUAUCUGGAUCCGACCUCCAUCCAUUCGUCGAGGAUAUCAUGAACGAGCUAGAAUAUCUGUUUGGCAACACAUCCACCAAAUUCGGAAAAAUGCGCGCCCAGAACGGUCGCACCGAGCCGUGGAAGAUUGAGUAUAUUGAAAUCGGGAACGAAGAUGAUCUCACUGGCGGGUGUGAUACCUACCCCGAUCGCUUCAACCAAAUUUACACGGCCAUCCAUGACCAAUAUCCUAACAUCACGCUUGUUGCCUCGAAUGGCGACUAUUCCUGUCUACCAGCACCGUUACCUGAAGGUGUUAUUAUCGAUCUGCACUUGUAUCGGUCUCCGAAUGAUUUCGUGGCGUUGUUCGAUCAAUUUGAUAACCAGCCUCGAAGUCAACCGGUCAUGGUUGGCGAAUACGGAUGUCGGAAUACCUCGGAUGCGGAGGGGACAUAUUGGUCGUUUAUGCAAGGCAGCUGCAGUGAGGCGGUUUACAUGAUUGGCAUGGAGCGCAAUAGUGAUAUCGUCAAGAUGGCAGCGUAUGCGCCUAUGUUGGAGCAUUUUGGGCUUAUAGCGUGGUCGCCAACUCUUUAUGGAUUCAAUUCAACUCCUGGAUCGAUGACGCUGUCGACAUCUUAUUUUGUUCAGAAGAUGUUUGCUUCGAACAAAGGAGAUAUGGUGCUUCCGGUUAAUUCAUCCGCGGAUUUUGGACCUCUCUAUUGGGUGGCUACGAAGACGGACUCACAAUAUUAUGUGAAGCUGGCGAAUUAUGGCCCGAUGGACCAAGAUAUUACCAUCAGCAUUCUUGACACUAGUUCAGGGAGUCUGGAAAUGCUCGCCGGGGCACAGUCUCAAGGCAACAAGCCUUAUCAACUUGAAGUUGAGCCGGUAACCACAAAGGUUCACAGUGAGAACGGGACAUACUCGGUCAAAAUGGACCCCUGGGCAGUUGCUGUCUUGGCCGUUACAUAA